ACUGAUUUCAUCAGGUUUCAUCAUAUUCACGGCUAGUUAACUAUGAACUGGUGACAGUUAACUGCUGCUCACAGAGCCACAGGAGAAGCUCUGAUUUCCCUAUUGCUGGAAUAAGCAGCAAACACACAGACAGGCUCUCUGCUUCCUUUAACCUGCAAAAACAAGGGAGUCCUUCAAAGCUCAUCCAUCCGCUCAGUCCUCUCUCUCUUCCCUACAUUCUAAAUCCCUGAUAGUGUAAAUCCUCACAUUUGCUUCCCUCCCUCUCUCCCUCAGUCACACACACACUCUCUCCCCCUCCUCCCUAGUCGGCUGCUAUCUGAUCUAUGAUGAUAUGUGAUCUCUUGGAUACAACCACACACACACGCACACACACAAACUACCAGGCAUUGCUACCCAGCUGAGCAAAAUGUCUUUCUCCUAGCAGCGGUGCUCAUCACAGCUUUCAAAUCCUUGAUGAUGUGGCCAUGCUUUCCCCUCUGCCUUCUACUUUCUCUCGGUUUCUGCCUGCUCUUCCUGCCCGUUGGGCAUCUUUGCCCUCCUCUCUGUAGCUGUAUGGACUCCCACACCAUAGACUGCAGGGAUCAAGGACUUCCCAGUGUUCCUAAUCUUUUUCCACUGGACGUACGGAAACUUCUCAUAGCUGACAACAACAUUCAGGCUAUACCGGCUGAUUUCUUUAUCUUUUAUGGGGACCUAGUCUACUUGGACUUCAGGAAUAACUCAAUCACCUCCUUAGCAGAGGGCACUUUCAGCAGUUCCACCAAGCUGGUGUUUUUAGACCUAAGCUACAAUAAUUUAACGCAGCUCGAUGCUGGGAUAUUCAAGUCGGCAGAGAAGCUGAUAAAAUUAAGCCUUGGGAACAAUAACCUAGUGGAUGUGGAUGAGGCUGCUUUUGAGAACCUGGAACAGCUCCAAGUGUUAGAACUGAAUGACAAUAACUUGCAGAGCCUCAACGUGGCUGCCCUGGAUGCACUUCCGUCCCUUCGGACUAUACGUCUAGAGGGCAACCCGUGGGUCUGUGACUGUGACUUUGCCAACCUCUUCAGCUGGAUACAAGAGAAUGCAUCUAAGCUUCAGAAAGGUCUACAUGAACUCCAGUGUUCCCUGCCAGUGGAAAACAGAAGAAUCUCUCUGGAUGAAUUAUCUGAGGUCAGCUUCAGUGAAUGCAAAUUUAGUUUGUCAUUAACGGAUCUGUUGAUCAUCAUCUUCUCUGGAGUCGCGGUCUCCAUUGCCGCCAUUCUGUCAAGCUUCCUCUUGGCGGCGCUGGUGCAUUGCUUCCAGAGAUGUGCUCCCAGCAAAGAUGAUGACGAUGAAGAAGACAGCGAGGACUGAAUCUUUCCUAUAUUUAAAUAUCCCUCAUUUAUAAAUUAUUGGAUCAACAGCCAAUGUCAAAGAAAAAGAAAGAAAGAAAGA